AUGGAUAUGAGCAAGUUUGAAGAAAACAGAGUGCGGAUCCUGCAGGAGUCAGACGAGGACGCGCUUCCCAAUGGAAGUGAUACUGCAGAGCUAGUAGAAGCGUCAGCUGAAUCGCGGGAUCAAGAGACAUUGCCUACAGGCUCAAAAGACGUAGCAUCUCUACAGGAGACGUCUACACAAGACAUCUCGAGAGGCGCAUCUGUACGAUGGCCCUACCCCACUCCAGUGUCCUUUGGAUCAGUUCCACGUCAAGCCAGUACUAUGCAGGAGACGUUUGGGCCAAGAAGAGACACUGAUCCCGACGCAACUGCUCUCCAAAACUUGCGCACCAGUUCUGGAAGAAAUAUCCGACUGUCGCAAAGGGGACAAGACGCCGUUGACUCUUCCCACACACAUGCUACGCAACGGUAUACAGAAAAGAGAGCACGACGCGAAGCUCAUACUCUUCGACUAGAGCGUGCUAGACUCGGUCAGCAAGUGGCUCACGCUUUCGCAACAGCACAGUCUAUUCUCACACACCGGAAAGACCUAUUGCCGCCACCAGACUUCUGGCACCAGCUAAAGCGACAUCCUGAAGGCAAGGGAUUCCGGCAUGCUGCAGACGCCGAACUUGCAUCGCUCGAAAAGAAGAAAACAUCUGAACUAGUGGACCAUCCAGAUGACAAGCAGUGUGUCCAUCAACCAAGAGACCCGGAAGAAGAGCGUACCCAUGAAGAUGAUGUCAAAGCACUCUGGAUGCUUCUUGACCGCCUCAACCGCUACGGCUCCGUUCUCCGCCUUUUGGAUGUUGCGACAGCCAUACUUCUUCAGAACCGCCCCGAGGAGCCUCGUGUUCAGUGCGUUAUCGUCGACAAUAAGAACGCGAAGUUCUGA